UCUUGAAAUUAUCUUGAGAAACGAAAAUGUUGAAACUGUACAAGCUGGUGAUAGAUAUGAUUUUACUGGUACAUUAAUUGUGGUUCCUGAUGUAAGUGUUAUGUCCACACCUUCUGCCAGAGCGGAAUCUGCUUCUGGACAAAAACGAGGAGAUGCAAAUAAUGAAGGUGUCAAAGGACUGAAAUGUUUAGGAAUCAGAGACUUGAAUUACAAGUUGGCAUUUUUGGCAUGCAGUUUAUCUGUAACAGGUUCAAGGUUUGGUGGAAGUGGAGAAAUGCACAAUGAUGAAUUGACUGUUGACUCAAUUGAACGUAUGAAGAGGCAAAUGACUGGGCCACAAUGGGAGAAAAUAUAUGAAAUGAACCGUGACCGCAAUUUGUACACAAAUUUAAUAAAUAGUCUUUUCCCUUCAAUCCACGGAAAUGACCAAAUUAAAAAAGGUGUUUUAUUAAUGCUUUUUGGUGGAGUGCCAAAAACUACAUUAGAAGGUACUACCCUUCGGGGAGAUAUCAAUUGUUGUAUAGUUGGUGAUCCUAGUACUGCUAAGUCUCAGUUACUGAAACAAGUGGCUGAUAUGUGUCCUCGUGCUGUUUAUACUUCUGGAAAAGCUUCUACUGCUGCUGGUCUUACAGCUGCUGUUGUAAGGGAUGAAGAAUCUUUUGAUUUUGUUAUUGAAGCUGGAGCACUUAUGUUAGCUGAUAAUGGUGUGUGUUGCAUUGAUGAAUUUGAUAAAAUGGAUAUACGUGAUCAAGUAGCUAUUCAUGAAGCUAUGGAACAACAGACCAUAUCAAUAGCAAAAGCUGGUGUUAGAGCAACAUUAAAUGCUAGAACAUCAAUAUUAGCAGCAGCCAAUCCUAUUAAUGGUCGCUAUGAUCGAAGUAAAUCUUUACAACAAAAUGUAUCUCUCUCAGCUCCAAUCAUGUCUCGUUUUGAUUUAUUUUAUGUUCUUAUAGAUGAAUGUAGUGAGGUUGUAGAUUACGCAAUAGCGAAGACAAUUGUUGAAAUUCACAGUAAUAUGGAAGAUACAACUGAAACAUUAUAUAGUCAAGAAGAUAUUUUAACAUACAUUGGUUUUGCUCGUCAAUUUAAACCCCAACUCACAGUUGAAGCUUCAGAGAAAUUAGUAAAUGCAUAUACUCAAUUAAGACAGCGCGAUAGUCAAUCUAGUACAAAAUCAACAUGGCGUAUAACUGUAAGACAGUUAGAGUCAUUAAUUCGUCUUUCUGAAGCAAUGGCUAAAAUGGAAUGUUCAGAUCAUGUAACACCUAAACAUGUAUCUGAAGCUUUCAGUUUACUUAACAAGUCCAUAAUCCGGGUAGAACAACCUGAUGUAAAUCUAGAUGACGAUGAUGAUGUUUUGAAUGGAAUCCCUGAAACUGAUGGAAUGGAUGUUGAUUCUGUAGAAGAACCAGAAAAACAGGGCUUAACUAAAAAAAAGUUAACGCUUGCUUUUGAUGAGUAUAAACGAAUUACAAACAUGCUUGUUGUUUACAUGAGAAGUGAAGAAGAAAAACGAAUAGCGGAAAAAGGAGAGAGUGAUGAUGGUGGUUUAUUACGUAGUAGCAUAAUCAAUUGGUACUUGGAACAAAUUGAAGAUCAAAUCAAUGACGAAACUGAGUUAUUAGAAAAAAAAAGUUUUAUUGAGAAAAUAUUGGAUCGCUUAAUUUAUAAUGAUAAUGUAUUAAUUGCCUUAUCACAACAAUCUAAAUCACAGUCCAGUGGCACAGAACAAGAACAAGAUGUUGUAGAUGAAGAUCCUAUAUUAGUAGUCCAUCCAAAUUUUGUGUCAGACCUUUAAUACAUUGUAUUGUAAUUGUAAUUUUUAUUUCUAAACAUUAAUUUUAAAUUAUUUAUAAAUUCAAUAAUAAUAAAUAUUAUGAGUUGUAGACUUGUUAUAUAUGCUAAUAUGUUUUUUUUUUAUUAUUAUUACUAAAUACUGUGAAAUAUUCUUAUAUUACAUUAAUUUUUAAAGUGUGUAUGUGUAUAAAUUAUAAUAUUGAGCCAUCUAUUUUUUUAUGUUUGUAAUAAAAAUAAUGCUUAAAUAAAUUACAAUCAUUUGUAUUAUAUUCUACA